AUGGCAUUAAAUUAUGAAACAUUAAUACAUGCUGCUAGUAAAUCACCUGAACAACGAACAACAACUGAAAUAAAUGAUUUUAUAUUUCCAUGGCUUAAACAAUCAUUAAAAAAGAAACAAGGAAUAUUUCAAAAGAUUUCAGAUGAUGUUAUUCAUGAUAUAUGUAAAACAAUUAUGAUAGAACGACGUCCAGCAUGGGAUGUUGUUAUUUUACAAGGAGAUCCUGGAGAUACAUUUUACAUUAUAUUACAAGGCUCAGUAAAAAUCUAUCGUUUGGAUGAAGAAGGUGCUAGACCAGUUUCACCUGAAUUUGAUACUGUAAUAGAGUUUGCAAAACUCGAUGCCGAGCCUGAGAAACGUGAAGAAAUUAUAGUUGAUAUAUUUGGUAACUAUGUUGUUACUUUAGAAGGAAAUGGUCUUGCUUAUAGACAACGUGGUGGUUUUGAUUUUGGUGAACGUGCACUUGUAACAAAUGAACCUCGUAGUGCCACAGUUAUAACAGUUACUCCUGCUGAUUUACUAGUUGUUGAUCGAGAAGUCUUUAGUCGAACACUUAAAGCAGCGCAUGAAAAAGAAUUACAAGAAAAAAUGGAAUUUAUUAAUCGUUGUCCAUUAUUUUCUUCAUGGUCAGCAAGACUCAAACGUCUUGUUAGUCUUAGUUUAGAACGAGGUAGAUAUUCUUAUGAUAGUGUACUUUAUAAACAAGGUUUACGUGCUGAUGCUGUCUAUUUUAUUUGGAGUGGUGAAGUUAAAUUAAGUACAGAUCCAUUAUUACAUUGGCUACAAUAUCCAUAUCUUCUUCCACAAUCCGAUCCAAUGAAACAACGUGCUCUUGAAUUAUUUUCACCAAUGCUUCAACCAUCUCAACCAUCAAAUGUUCAUAUACCAUCGGAUAUAAAUACAAAUGAUCAUCGAAAAAGUUUUGCUAUAAAACGACGUAAUAUGACAUUUGCUCAAGCUGAAAAUGAACGUUCUCAACGAAUAUUACAAUUGGCUUUAUUAGGUGCCGGAGAUAUUAUUGGUCUUGAAUGUUAUGUAUGUGAUUUAACUACAUAUAUGAAUUCAGCUCGAUGUACAGCACCAUGUGAUCUAUUUUAUAUAUUAAAACAUAACUUUGCCCGUUUACAAAAACGUUAUAGUACACAAGUUUUUGUUGAACGUUUACGUGAAAUGGUACUUCUCUCAUUACAAGCAUAUUCAUCACGUAUUAUUCAAUCACCAUUAUUUAAUGCCUUAAUAAAAAAGAAAUUAGCACCAAAAACAAAUGAUGAAAGACAACAGUAUCAUAAUAAACAAUCAUGGCUUCUACAUUUAAAUAAUGCAUCUAAUUCGCAAACACGUCGAGCAGGUACAACAACAGUACCACAAACAGCUGGUAAAGAACGUUCGAUGACAACUAUAAAUAAUAGUCAACCAAUACCACGUUCAGCUCGACAUGCAUCCUUUACAAAUCCAGCUACAAUACAAUAUGUUGUCAAUGAUAAUAUUCGUGUUGGAAAAAUUGAAGAUCGCCUUAAACAAUGGCAUGCACAAAUGGGUGAAGAUUCAAAAAUACAUAUCAUACCAUUAACACGUUAUAACAUUGCUGGUCCAACUACCAAUGAUAUAGUACGAAUAACUCCACAGGAAGCAAUCGAAGUUCAAUCAAAUGAUGCCAUAGGCUCACCAAGGAUGCUCGAUGAUGAUAAUGAAACAAUUUCUCCGAUGGAAAUUUUUGUAAAUGUAGUCGAUAACUUACAGGAAACAUUGUCUUCAUAUCCUACUACUAUUCCUUCUUAUUCCUUGGCAGCUUCUCGUUUACCUCCGAUACAUAUUUAUUCAAAAGAAGAACGAUAUGAAAAUCUUAAAAUUUCUCUUAAACAAAAAUGGAAAGAUUUUAUUAAACGUCCCAUUCCAACAGUGUAUUAA